AUGGUACACAUGAUCAACUCGUUAACUCAGCAAAACCGUGGUGACUUGGAUCCUGACCAACUGCAAACUUUGAUUCACGAAAAGCUGAAUUCUAAGAGAUUCUUACUCGUUUUGGAUGAUAUGUGGAGUGAUGAUCGCCAUAAAUGGGUUGAAUUUAGGGAUUUAUUAGAGGGAGGUGCCUCUGGAGGUAAAGUUAUUGUCACUACACGUAGUACCUCGGUUGCAACAACUGUUGGCACUGUUUCAGUAUACAACUUGAAGGGAUUUUCUCAUGGAGAUUCGUUAUCUUUGUUUAAGAAAUGGGCUUUCAAAGAAGGAGAAGAAGAAUAUUAUUCCCAUCUCAUGGAAAUAGGGGAUGGCAUUGUGAAGAAAUGUAGGGGGCUUCCUUUAGCCGUGAGGACAUUGGGGACUCUCCUAUAUUCAAACACCGAUGAUCGUUAUUGGGGAUUCAUACGAGAUAACGAGAUAUGGAAGUUGGAGCAGAAGGAAAAUGACAUUUUACCUGAGUUGAGGGAUUCGACAUCUCUAAAUCUUCGACACACAGCUGUAGUACUUGACCAAGAGGUUCUUAAUUCUGUUCAAAAAGCAAACAGUUUGCGGACUAUAAUUUGUCCAUUUAAUGCCCAAGGCCCGGCUAGUGAAUCCUUUCUUAAUACAUGCACCUCUACAUGUAAGUUUUUAAGGGUGUUGCAUUUAGAAGGGUUUUCUUUUGAGGUAUUACCUCAUUCCAUUGGUGCUCUGAAGCAUUUGAGAGAUCUCACCUUAUCUGGAAAUGAUGGAAUCAAGAGAUUGCCCGAUUCCAUAUGCAAGCUCCAUAAUUUGCAUUCUUUAUCACUUGGUAAAUGUUCAGCGCUUGACGAGUUGCCGAGCAACAUAAGAAACCUGGUUAAAUUGAGAUUUCUGGAGAUGACAAUAAAACAGAAGCGUUUACCAGAGAAUGGAAUAGGGUGCUUAACAUCUCUUCGGGGUUUGUCUAUUGUAGAUUGCACCAAUCUAGAAUAUUUGCCAGAAGAUAAGAAAAAUCUCAGAUCCUUGCGUAUAUUGAACAUUUGGAACUGUAGAAGCUUGAUUUCCUAGCCACGCAACCUGAAAUAUUUAACUGCAUUGGAGAC